CUUGGGCGGCGAGGCAAACCAUGGCGUGGCGCUGCCUGCGGGCGGCGACGGGGAAGAGGAGGGGGUGGUGGGACACAGCGCCGUCGGGGACGCCGUUGUUCGCGGCGGAGCAGCGCGCGACGCUGGUGAACGUGAAGCUGAAGUGGGUCAAGGACCGGGCGGUCGACGCCGCGGUGUCGCGGGAGCGCCACCUCCGCACCGCCCACCACCUGCUCGACCUCGUGUCCUCCCGGCCCGGCCACCGCGUCUCGCGCUCGGACCUCCUCGCCGAGAGGUCCGUUCAGAGGCUUUGUGGCUCCGCAUACUCCGCGUUGGAGUUCCUCGGCAGGUUCCAUACCCUGUUCGCGGUGUCGCGCGGCGGCGUGUCGCUGACGGGCGCGGCGCUCGACCUGCGGCAGCGAGAGGUGGACUGCCUCUGCGCCACCGAGCACGACCUCGUCGCCCGCCUCCGGCGCCUCCUCAUGCUCACCCUUCCCCGCUCGCUCCCGCUCCACACCAUCGACCUCCUCCGUUGGGACCUUGGCCUGCCCAGCGAUUACCAGGCCGCCAUCCUCCGCCGCUACCCCGAGCACUUCGCCCUUGAGCAGCCCGAGGGCGACGAGCGCGUCUGGCUACGCCUCCUCUCCUGGGACGAUCUUCUCGCCGUCUCAGAGCUUGAGAAGAGUGCUGACGGCGGCGACACCACCUGCCUCCCCUUCCCAGUGAGCUUCACAAGGGGAUUUGGCCUGAGAAGCAAGUGCAUGGACUGGCUGCGGGAGUGGCAGGCGCUGCCGUACACCAGCCCGUAUGCCGAUGCUUCGCACCUCGACCGCCGCACUGACGUGUCGGAGAAGCGGAAUGUGGGAGUGUUCCAUGAGCUGCUGCACCUCACUGUGGCAAAGAGGACGGAGCGCCAGAAUGUGAGCAAUAUGAGGAAGCUGCUCGGCAUGCCACAGAAGUUCACCAAGGUGUUCGAGCGCCACCCUGGCAUUUUUUACCUCUCCAGAGUGCUUGGGACACAGACGGUUGUUCUCAGGGAAGCUUAUGGUGGUGGAAGCCAGCUGCUUGAGAAGCAUGCACAUCCACUUGUUGCUAUCAGGGAAGAGUACUCCACCAUGUUGAGAGCAGCAUUGCCACCAAGGACAAGGCGUAGAGAAAGGCAUGGUGCUAGCAGCAAGGAGGAUGAGGGAUGUGCGGUGGGAGAUGAUGAAUUCGAACUCUCCGAGUGAUUGUGCUGUAACUGCAUUCGAUCUCAAGAGCGCUCAAAUGAAGCAAAGAGUGAGAUGAAUGAAAUGAUAGAUGAUUGAAUCAAGUUGGACAAUCACUGAAACUCAUGCAACGGAUGCUAUGCAAUGAUACAACAGCCAGCAGGCUGCAUGAGUUAAAAAAGUUAUCCCCUGGCCACGUGGCACUUCUUGUAAAAGUCUGAGGCAGUGAAGAAGUUUUUCUAUCCUCAGUUACUGAUAAUAAUGAUAAUCUCUUAUGAUUACUUUCAAAGACCAGUUGGUGACUGUUUGGACAAUGAUUGAUGUUUGUAUUAUUCAGUCUGUCCUCAUGAAUGGAUUACAUCAACCAAUCAGCCACUUUCAGAAUCCAAAGCAUGUAGUUGAGAGCUAUAGGGCUUUGGCAGCAUCAGUGCAAGCACUAUUUACUGGGCACCUUCUAUAGAUUAGUUCCAAUAUCACUAUCUCCUGAGAUGUUCUGUUAAUGACUCAGUGCCAUAUGUGCUGAUGAACUACGUCUGAAGGAAGGAGUCUUCUUUUUUCUGAGUGCUUGGUGCUAAUAGGUGACCUCAGUGUUUGCACCUGCUGAUUGUCUUAACAGUGAAAAAAUGGUACAGAAGUUUCACUAACUAAGCAUGAAAUUUUGGCAACCUUUGUUCAUGCAACAAUAGCCUGGCAUACCUGGAUAUAGAGAAACGGUACUCCCUCCGUUCCAAAUUAUAGGUUGUUUUGGCUUUUUAGAUUCAUAGACUUUGUUAUGCACUUAGAUAUACCCUUAUGUCUAGAUGCAUAAUAAUAUCUAUGCAUUUAGAAAAGCCAAAAUGACCUAUAAUUUGGAACGGAAUGGGGGAGUAUCAUUUUUCAGAAUCAGAGGCCAAGUUUUGUGGCUUGGAGAGAAGGUUUCACAGGUGAGGUAUAUAUCCAGCUCAACAGAAUCAGAGAAGCAAUACUUGUUAUAGCUUGGCUAAUUUCACUUUCCUAAUCAUUGUCAAGGGGCUCUCUUGUGCCCUUAGUUUUUGCCCUUCAUUUGUAUGAACAACACUGUAUUUCCUUCAAAAAGUUUGUGGCAACCAGAUACUUGAAUGUUUUUUCUUUUUAUUAUGAGAGCUUAUGUAGGAUAAGAAUCAGAAGAUUCCUUACAGGACUGCAAUUGAUAGAAUUUUAUUGUUGUAAUUUUUUCUAUUCCAAGUGACACCCACAAGAUAAGAAUGGAAAACAAUUUGUUCAUAUC